AUGGUCCAACUCACCCCCAGCCUUAUGCUCGGCCUUGCUGGUCUGGCCAGCAUUGCCUCUGCCCAUCCCGGCCACGACCACAAGGCUGAGGCCGCUGAGCGCGCUGCCUACCUGCGAAGCGUUCCCCUUCAGGGCCGCAGCCUGGCGCACUGUGCGCGCAAGCUCAAGGCCCGCGGCAUCACCGCAAACAACAUUGCGCGCCGCGAGAGCACCGUCCAGAACCUGCGCAUGAAGAAGCGCUCCAGCUUGGGCGCUCCCUACCUGAAGGUCCGCGACCUCGACGACGUGCUGGCCAAGGAUCACCACUCGAACAAGACCGUUGACCUCGACAGCGACCCCAGCGAGCUCUUCGAGGACAGCGGCUCCUGCAUCGUGCAGCCCGAGGUCACCCAGGGCCCUUACUUCGUCGCCGGUGAACUCGUCCGCGAGAACCUCGUCGAGGACCAGGCCGGUGUCCCCCUGUACCUCGACGUGCAGCUGAUCGAUGUCAACACCUGCGAACCCGUCCCCGAGAUCUACACCGACUUCUGGCACUGCAAUGCCACCGGUGUCUACUCCGGUGUUGUCGCAAAUGGCAACGGAGACACCGAGGACGACAGCAACCUGAACGCUACUUUCCUCCGUGGUAUCCAGCCCAGUGACGAGGAGGGUGUGAUCCGCUACGAGUCCAUCUUCCCUGGCCACUACACCGGCCGCGCCACCCACAUCCACUUGCUCUCCCACGCCUCCGACCAAGUCACCGUCCUGCCCAACGGCACACUCGCCGGCCUCUACGACACGCGCACCUCCCACGUCGGCCAGAUCUUCUUCGACCAGGACCUGAUCACCGAAGUCGAGAAGGUCUCGCCCUACACCACCAACACGCAGGAACUGACCACCAACGCCGAGGACUCCAUCCUGGGCGAGGAGGCCGCCACAGGCGCUGACCCCUUCGUCAACUACGUCCUGCUCGGCGACGACAUCUCCGAGGGUGUCUUUGCCUGGAUCUCGCUUGGUAUCAACGCGACCCUCAACGACAGCACCGACCCUGCGGCUUGGUAUACUGAGGAGGGCGGUGUUGAGAAUGAGAACUCCGGUCCUGGUGGUGGUGGUGGUGGUCCUCCUGGUGGCGCGCCCCCGGGCUUUGGAUCUAGCUCUACUUCUGGUGUGGCUGCGCCGACCUCGUCUGCUUCUGUUUAG